AUGCGAAGAACGGAAAAUGCAGCUGGAAAUACCAAAAAGCACUAUGAAGCACUGCCAGGAUCAACUGCAAACAGUGUAAAUAACAGCAGCAGCAACCAGGGACAACUCUUUGAUCUCAAAUCUACAAACACUUCAUCCACUGCUGGCGACUCGUCUACCUCCUCAUCAUCCCUCCCCGCAAGACCGAGUGCCAUAAAACAACAACAACAAUCCCAACAGGCCGCUUUUGCUGCUUCUGUCAUUGGUAGAAAAUCAGACGACUUCGACCCAGUAGUCCCAAAAUACGUCGCCAGAGAAAACACUUCUUCCUUUGCCCAUACCGAACCUCCAAAACAACAAUUCAACAGGCCAGCACCCCCUCCACCCAAUAUUACAUCAAGACCAAACCCAUUCACAAAUCCACAACAACCUGCAGGACAACGAGAUUCAUAUAGUUUAAAAUCACCUACAAUGGGUAUCAAUCCUCAAAUCCUCGCUCAAAAGUAUGGAAAUAUCAACUCGAAUGAAAUCUCAAGUUACUAUCAACAAUUCGAAGCGCUUGAUCCUGAACGAAAAGGUGCCAUUCACACAACCAGUUUACGUGAUGUCGCUCCCAAGUCUGGAGAAAGAUACGAAGAUGUAGUCCAAAAGAUGCAAGAUCUUCGUCUCUCUACCUCUGAUGGCUUUAUCGAGUUUGAAAACUUUCUCCAGAUUGUAUCGCAAUUACGAUCAUCUCGAGGCCCUACUAAAGGCUCAUCGGGUGGUGACAGCAAGAAAAUCACUCUUCAUGGCACCUCUGUCAAUGUAACCCACACCAUGAAUGAAGACGAAAAGGAAUCGUUCGUGGCACACAUCAACUCUCAACUCGGUCGUGAUCGAGAUGUUGGAGCUCGAUUACCUAUUGAUGUGAAGACAAUGCAAAUCUUUACCGAGUGCAAAGAUGGUUUGAUCCUCUCAAAGCUCAUCAAUGAUUCAGUCCCUGGCACAAUUGAUGAACGUGUAUUGAAUGUUGGCAAGAAAUUGAAUGCCUUCCAGAUGACUGAAAACAACAACGUCGUCAUCAACUCUGCCAAGGCUAUUGGCUGUUCAGUCGUCAACAUUGGUUCUCAAGAUUUGAUUGAAGGACGAGAACAUCUGAUUCUUGGCUUGAUUUGGCAAAUCAUCAAGAUGGGUUUGUCUGCCAAGAUUGACAUCAAGGUCCACCCUGAACUGUUCCGUCUAUUGGAACCUGGCGAGACCCUGGAUGAUUUCUUGAAGCUCCCUGCUGAACAGAUCCUCAUUCGUUGGUUCAAUUAUCACCUCAAGAAGGCUGGUUGGGCUCGCAAAGUUACCAAUCUGACUGGUGAUGUCAAGGACGGUGAAAACUACACCGUACUCCUCAACCAAUUAGCCCCAGAAACGUGUUCUCGUGCUCCUCUCCGUGUCGGUGAUUUGAUGGAACGUGCCGAAGCUGUUUUACAAAACGCCGACAAGCUCGGCUGUCGUAAAUACUUGACUCCAAAGACCAUGGUUGAAGGAAAUCAAAAGUUGAACUUUGCUUUUGUUGCCAAUCUCUUCAAUACUCAUCCUGGUUUGGAAGCAUUGAAUCAAACUGAGAAGGGUGCUUUGGAUGAUUGGUUGUUCAAGAGUGAAGGUGACCGUGAAGCUCGAGCCUUUGCUCUGUGGUUGAACUCUUUGGGUUGUGAGCCAUUCGUUAACAACCUCUUUGAUGAUCUCCAAGACGGUUUGGUAUUGUUGCAAGCCAUGGACACUGUCAAACCAGGCAUUGUUGACUGGAAGAAGGUCAACAAGGCUCCAGUCUCCUCCAAGUUCAAAAAGGUCGAAAACACCAAUUACGUGGUUGUUUUGGGCAAGGCUCUCAAGUUCUCAUUGGUUGGUAUUCAAGGAUCAGAUAUCACCGAUGGAAUCAAGAACUUGACUUUGGCCAUUGUAUGGCAACUCAUGAGAGAACACAUCAUCCAAACCUUGAAGACAUUGACCAAAGGUGGUCAUGAAAUCACUGAAGCCGACAUGAUUCAAUGGGCCAACGAAGCUGUACGAUCUGGUGGCAAGGCAUCUACUAUCUCAUCAUUCAAGGAUGGUGGUUUACGUAACGGUGUCUUCUUCUUGGACUUGUUGAAUGGAGUCAAGAAGGGAGUUGUUGAUUACAAGCUUGUCACGGACGGUGUUUCUGACGACAAUGCCAAGAUGAAUGCCAAAUAUGGUAUUUCAAUUGCCCGUAAAUUGGGUGCUACCAUUUUCGUAUUGCCUGAAGAUAUUGUUGAAGUCAAGCCCAAGAUGAUCUUGACCUUUGUCGGAAGUCUUAUGGCCUUGUCCAAGUCAGGAGCAUUCAACUAG